UUCACUAAUUCUUUCCCCCACCAGCACGUAAAUUCGAUACACAUCAUCUCAUUUCACCCGCUUUUCUCGCCCACUCGAAAUAUCACAACGUUACCUUCAUACGGAACAGUCCUCAAACCAAGGGGACUCUGGUCCCGCUUCUCUAUCAUACACGCACUAUUCGCGAUGACAGUCGGCAAUCCGAGCGAUGCGCCGCCGUUAAGUAGUGCCUCCGGUAUGCGUAUCUCGCCCGCCAACAUCGAACAAGUCGAUGUGCUCGCGAGAAAGUUGUACAAGCGAGCGCGAGUAAACCCCGAGCUUGAGGGGGUAGCAGAUGCAGUGCGCAGUCUACAUGCGGUCCUAAAACAUCUAAAGUUCGAGACUGAGGAUCCAGGAUCACUACUUAAUGUUGAUAGCAGUGCUGUAUAUACGCGGCAACUAACACCUAUUCUCGAGGACUCGGAGUUCGCGCUUAAGCAGCUAGACACCAUACUCGAUAAGAAAUAUGGAAGAGGCAGCGAUGACGGCAGUGGUGAUAGUGUUAGUAGAGGGAUGCAGAUGGACGGAGAGAAAGGCUGGACGAUUUUAGAAAGCCGCGAGCGCGACAUGAUUAAUUUAAUACAUACCAAGCUCACAAAUCAGAAGCUAAAUAUCGACAUGUUCCUCGAUACCGUCCAGCUUCAUAACCCGUCUAAAUCUCGUCGGCUAGUCGAUACGAAUAGCGCCAAUCUCGACUCUAUCAAGGAUAAGGUAGAUUUCAUCGCAUCUCGCAUAUGCCAACGAACGAAUUCAAAUUUGAGCGACGGUAACGAAGAGGAGCUUUGGGAGCAGUUUCGAGAUGAGCUAGAGCAAGCAGGUUUCUCUAAGGACGUAUUGCGUAAAAAUCAGGACGUCAUACGAGCCUACAUCCGCCAGUUAGACAACCAGCUCAGCGCCAACGGCGGCGGCAGCACCCCUUCGGUGCGGGGACUUCUGGAGUAUUACCGUCCUCGAGGUUAUGACGGGCUACAAAUCACUCCGUACCCAACGAACCCUACCCCGGCCGAUUUCAGCCCGGAGGAAUUGCAGCCCAACAUCGAUGAGGAGAAGCUAUUUCCGUCGAUGAGGAUGAAGCGUUUAGAAGACGAAGACGACAACAACAACAUAGAACGGCAAAUAUCGAAACCGCCCAGCAUGCCAGAUUAUCCUACGAAUCUCUCUUACGAUCGCCACUCAUCAGGCGGCGAUGGCGGCGAUGAGUCGACGGCGCUCAUGUCCACGCGGGAGCUCAUGGCAUUUGACAAACAGUCCAACAUGACUCUCGCGAUGGAAAACAUGCACUUACAGCAACCACCGAACCCGGCCGGCUCAAAUUAUCACAUGUCUAUCUCACCCACACUUCAUUCUCUUCCCCCUUCGGUCUCUCAGCCUACCCUACCGUCUUCCGCCCCGCAAGCCGCCCCCGACCCAUUCGGGACCCACCUGCACCGCCCCCCUCCUCUUCCCUCAGCUGCUGUCAGCUCACCACCGACCCGCCGCCCGAAUUCCGUGUCUGUAGCUGAGGUAAGCCAACAGCAGCAACAAGCUCUUGUGACUUCGACGCAGCGGAAUGCACGGCUAGCGCCUGAUAGCAAAGGCCGCGAGAUCCCGCUAGAUGCCAAGUGGACUCGGAUCUCACGACGCCUGGUCUCGCCCGAAGUCUUGGCUGGUGCUGGGGUACGGUACGAAGCACGGCCAGAUUUCGUGGCUGUACUAGGAGAACUGAGCCGGGACGAGGUGAUCUACUUUGCUCACCGGACUACCGAGGUGCGUGCUGCGAGGGGUCGGCGAACUAGUACUACGCCUGCUGCGGCUACUGUGAUAAGCGGCGAUGGUGUGAAAGGAAGAAAGGUUGAUGAUAAGUAUCAUCCGGAUAAGUAUCGAAACUGGAACGUUAUUGAAGCAGAGGAGCGGCAGCGGCAGAGACGAAAAGAAGGAAAUAAGAACAGCCAUGAUACGGAUAGUGACGACGAUACUGGCGACGACGGCGUAACUUACAUCGUCAAUAACCGUAGUCGGCGACGAAAGGGGAGUACAGCUAGUACGGUGAGCGCGCUCUACGAUUCGAGUAACGGCUCAGGAUCAUCAGAUGGGGAAACGGACUCCGAUGACAGAGACCAAGAAUCGCAUGGUUCCUCAUCUUACUCUCAAUCAUACCCACGCUCCAGCUCGUAUCUGGAUGAUUACCAUCACUCCCGCUCACAGGCACAUCGGCGCAGUUCUACCAUUCCCUCGACCUCACACAAGCGCGAUGACAAAGCACACUCCCAAGCUAAAGGCAGAGUGAAUAGCGAUGCCGCAGACGAGAUAGGCCGUAAAAAUAAUAAAGACAGGAACGAAAGGGGUGCUAAGGCAUACCCAUUCAUCGUGUCACCGCCAUCCUCUAUGAUCGGGAAGGACAAGGGCAAAGACAAAGACACCGGCACUGGUACUAGCCCAGCUGCCACCGUAAAGCCGAAGCCUAUUCUCAAGAAUAAGAACGAUGACCCUCACGUGCGAAUCGAUCCCAACCCCCAAAUUAUCGAGGAAGGCUCAAGCUCUCUACCGCGGAGCCUACCUUCAUAUCGACGGAGCGAACGCGAGCGUCGAGAGCGGGAUAAGGACAGAGAUCGAGAGAGGAGCAAAGACAGGGAGAGGGAGAGGGAUAGAGAUAGAGAUAGAGAUAGAGAAAACGACCGUGAUCGUGAGAAGAGAUAUCGCUCGGACAGGUAUACAGCAGGAGGACGAGAAAAAGAACGACAUACAGAUCGCGAUCGCGAUCGCGACCGAGACAGAGGGGACCGAACCCGAGAGAAAGAAUACUAUUCAAACCGGGACCGCGACGAGGGCCGGGCUGAGUAUCCGCACCGGCACCGCCAUCGGAGCCACGGCCACAGGUACCAUUCAUCGAGUGCUCCCAGGAAAGAACGGGAGCGCGAAUAUUAUGACGACCACUAUGUCAGCAGUAGCAACCGGCUCCGAGAAGACCGUACCUCCAAGAAGAAGGCUCGAGACGAGACGAUACGGGCCGUGGGCCUCGGCGGCGCGGCAGCUGCUAUGCUAAGCAUGCUGAGUGAGGCGGCACUAUAAAGAGUCUACUGAGAAGCCAUGUUUACAUUGAAUUUGAGAAUAUUACGAGAGAGAGAUGAGCGAGGUAAAGGGGUAACGGAUACGACUGGAUAGCGGGACCUUGGUUACUAUUCGAGUCCUACACGGGUGGAAGGGGGAGACCUUAUAGUAGAAGGCAAAAUGUAGGGCAGACAAGUCGAGAAAGAAGAGGGGAUAGAUCGAGAGAUCGGAGAUUGAGAAAACGAGGGCUUGAUCAAGCGAAGACAAAAACACAUGCCAAACAAGCAAUCCUACUUGUAGUCGAUGAGCUAGCUAGCCGGUUUCUUAGCUCUGCUACCUGAAAUACGCAUCACACGUACUCCAUUCGCUUUCACGGAAUCUGCAAGUA